AUGACGGAAGUGAGUUUAAUCAGUGAAAAUUUAGAACAACAACAAAGUGGCGUGAGGCGAUCAGGAGAGUUUCCUUGUUCUGGCCUCCUGCCACGAAAAGAGACUGGGGUCGUCAGCCUACUGACCAAAAACCCCACAUUUGAUGGCCGAGGUGUUGUCAUCGCUAUCUUUGAUUCGGGUGUGGAUCCUGGUGCUCCAGGACUUCAGGUAACAACAGAAGAUAAAGUAAAAGUAAUAGACAGAAUUGAUGCUUCGGGGGCAGGCGACGUCGACACAUCGACGGUGGUUGAGCCUACCGAGGGCGUCAUAUCCGGCCUUAGUGGACGCAAGCUUAAGGUUCCCGAAUCUUGGGUCAAUCCUUCAGGGAAGUACCACAUUGGUGUGAAGAGUGCAUACGCACUUUACCCUCAACGAUUACGCGAGAGAGUUGCUAGGGAGAGAAAAGAAAAAAAUUGGGAUCCGAUCCACAAAGAGUUGUUAGCAGAAGCUCAGCGGAAAGUACAGUCCAUAGAAAGUAGCAAGAGCAGCAGUAGUAGUAGCGGCAGCACAAACGGCAAUGGUAGUAGUAGUAGUAAUUUAUUUGAGAAGCUAACGAAGGAGGACGCGGAGAGUAGGGUUGCACAGCUCAACACACUCGAGAAGAAAUACAAUGACCUGGGACCAGCCUAUGAUUGUGUUGUCUAUCAUGAUGGAGAGGUUUGGAGGGCUUGUAUCGACACUUCAGAGUGUGGGGAGCUGGAGUCUGGCGUCCACUUGGGAGAAUACAGAGUCACUCACCAGUGGGCGUCCCUCACCGCUGCCGACCAGUACAACAUUUCCGUCAAUGUGCAUAAUAAUGGGAAUAUACUGGAAAUCGUUGGCAUGUGCUGUAAGUUAUGCGGCAUCUUUGGUGUUUAUCAUGCUGAUGUUUUGAUGGUUCAGUUAAGCACAUCUUGAUGUGUGUUAUGCAUGUGAAUAAGCAACAUACAAGUGCUACUCAACUCAGGAUGGUUCGACUUAAAAUAUUUCAACUCUAUGAUGCUGCAGAAACAAUUACUGUAUUUUGCGGCUUAUUACUCAUUUGUUUUCCCCCAUAAAAUGUCUCCAAAAACCACCCUGCAUCCUAUAAACUGAAGGUCAGUGAUGGGAGCUGUAAGUUUGGGGUGUGGGGUGGGCUGUAGCUUCUCAUUUACGUCCGAUGCCGAGCCAUUGAACUAAAAUAAGUCUUAUAAGCCAUAAAAUACGGUACUCUGGAGGUGAAACUUAAGAUAAUUACCCAACAUGAAGGAAACAAGUCCCUAACUUGUAUUCAUUUAUUGACUGGUAUUUAGUUACAGUAAUUAUUGGUUUAUUUACCUAUUCCUCAGUCCAGAGGGCUGAGGAAGGGUUGUUGAGGUGGUUCGGACAUGUAGAGAUAAUGGAGCGAAACAGAGUGACUUCAAGAGUGUAUCAGUCUGUAGUGGAAGGAAGGCGGGGUAGGGGUCGGCCUAGGAAAGGUUGGAGGGAGGGGGUAAAGGAGGUUUUGUGUGCGAGGGGCUUGGACUUCCAGCAGGCAUGCGUGAGCAUGUUUGAUAGGAGUGAAUGGAGACAAAUGGUUUUUAAUACUUGACGUGCUGUUGGAGUGUGAGCAAAGUAACAUUUAUGAAGGGAUUCAGGGAAACCGGCAGGCCGGACUUGAGUCCUGGAGAUGGGAAGUACAGUGCCUGCACUCUGAAGGAGGGGUGUUAAUGUUGCAGUUUAAAAACUGUAGUGUAAAGCACCCUUCUGGCAAGACAGUGAUGGAGUGAAUGAUGGUGAAAG